GAUCGCGAUCCGUGUGGUCGUGGAUCUGGGCCAACAUAGACUUGGGAGUUUUAGGGUUCUUGGAGGAAGCUUUGAGCGAUGGCGGAGGAGCUGGAUGAGCUCUUGAUGUUCCUUUCUUCGCCAGCGCCAAACCUUAGAAAGGCCGCGGUAGACAUCAUCGAAGGCUUGACUGGAAGCGACGAGGGGAUUGCCAAGCUCAGCACCAAGCUCUCGAUUCUCCUCCCGGCUCUCGUACAGCUCCUUGCUGGUAACAAGCUCGUUGCGAAGCCAGCGGCAGGAGCUCUGGUCAAUCUGUCACAGGAUCAGGAAGUCGGAGAGAUGCUGCUUGAACUGGGAGCUGUUGCAGGCGCCAUGGAUCAGAUAGGCAAGCAAGGCCAGGACGUGGAUAAGCUCAUGGUGAUGCUCCUCGUGAACUUGACGACUCUAGAGCCUGGUGCUCGGCUGCUAUGCGAGGAGGGCGAUGAGAAGCUCAAAGGACUACAUAUGAGUCGUCUCGUGAGAUUGUUCUCGCGGACCCCAGAAGAAGGUAUGAUGAAAAAGCUGUUCUUGUACACUACCUGUGUGUGUUGCGUAGGUGACGAUGCGUACGAGCACGUUGGAGCAAUUCUUGUCAACGUAUCGCGAACGGACUUGGGACGCAAGCUCAUGCUGGACACCAAGCGGGGCCUCUUGAAACAGGUUCUACGCCAAUGCGACUCCAAGAGUCUUGUUCGCAGGCGAGGAGUGAUUGGCACCAUCCGCAACUGUUGUUUUGAAGCUCCGUCCCAUCUGCCGAGCUUGCUUUCCCUGUCCGAGCUUCUGUGGCCAUGUCUCAUCCUUCCAGCCGCAGGAAGCAAGAUCUAUAGCGAAGAGGAGCGAUCCAAGAUGCCCCCGGAGCUGGCGGUUCCAUUGUCCAUAGAACGCCAGGCGGAACCAGACUCCCAGAUCCGUCGCGAAGCCUUGGAUGCUCUCUAUCUGCUCAUAAAGCAGGAGGCUGGAUUUAGAGCGUUUUGGGAGCUCGGUGGAGCCGACGUUCUCAAGUCCGGCUACGAGAACGAAGAAGAUCCCGAAGUCAUGGACAAGUACGAGCAGUUGGGGUCACUGGUAAGAACUGACACACACGCACUUCUUUUUUUCUCCCUGCAUGCGCGUACGUAUCAAACUCAAACACAUUCUUCUACGCGUGCGCGUCACAGAUCAUCGCGCAGAGUGGCAGCAGCUCUUGACCGCAGUGAUGGACGAUCGAUUCGGUUUGACAAAUUGUUAGCGAGAAACUGGAGAAAAGUUUGUGUCAAGCACACUCACACCGGAAAAGUGCUUGAAUAUUCGCUCCUUCUACACACGCCUACUAGUCAACGGAGGUUUUUGCGUGCUUCGCUCUUCUCGUACAAAGAGAAGAAAACAAAAGCCAAAGGUUUUUAUUUUGUGUGUGUGUGUGUGUGUGUGUGUGUGUCUGGAGAGAGAGAGAGAGACCUAAGCGGUGGGCGCGGCGUGGGUGAGAGGAAUCUGGCGAGGAUGUCGAAGAUUAUGGCCUACUCCGAGCUCGCCGAGCACAACAAUCGCAAGGAUUGCUGGCUUCUCAUCUCCGGAAAGAUUUACGACGUGACCAAGUUCCUAGAGGACCAUCCCGGCGGCGAUGAAGUCAUCCUCUCCGCCACAGGGAAGGAUGCCACGGACGAUUUCGAGGACGUCGGGCACAGCAGCAGCGCUCGCGACAUGAUGCACAGCUAUUACAUUGGCGAGGUGGAUUCGGCAACUCUGCCGGCCAAGCCCACAUUCAAGCUGGCGACCCAGGACGCGUAUAAUCCCGACAAGACCUCGCAGUUCCUCAUCAAGAUCUUGCAGUUCUUGGUACCCCUGGCCAUCCUCGGGCUGGCGGUUGCCGUGAGAUUUUUUACCAAACAAUCCUGAAAGGUUUGAGCAAGUCUUCCUCCUCCUCCACAUUCGUGAUCGUUCGUUCUACUCUUCUCUUUCUCUUUUCUCCCCAGGAAAUAGGAAAGAACAAAAAAAGUUCCAGGGAAAUAAUUCUCCUCUCUUUUUUUCCAGAAACCUUGCCAACCAACCAAGUGCUUAGAUAUUGAAAUCGAAGAUUGGCUUUUGCUUUGUUUC